CCUCCCUCUGGCUACUUUAGAUGCAGCACAGCCACAGAAGCCCAGACUGAACUGGGAGGAAGAAAGUGUGUUGCUGAAGGGAUUUCAGCUCUCUGCAGUCUCUAGGUACGUCAGCCGGCUCAUCUGCUAAGGAUUUAAACCCAGAACAUCCUAACAAAGUCCCAUCAGAUCAAUUGUGACCUGAUUCACAUACAGAGCAUCUUGUGAUCCUACGUCCUACCACAGUGAAGAAUGGACCGCUCCACACAAGAACUCUUCUUAAACUUUAUGAUUGUCUUAAUCACAGUGCUGCUCAUGUGGCUGCUGGUGAAAUCCUACCAAGAAUAAGAGCCUCUUCGAACCUAACAAGAUUCCCUGCUGCAGAAGCCUGCAUCUUUUGUAUCGGUUAUUGAGCUAGGAUGUGAAGGCGGUCUUCAGAGCAAAAAUGAGUGUCUGACAAAGUCUGCAAUGCCUCUUUGGGAAAAGUGGAGGCUUAAAGCUUUGUAGCAGCUAGAAUGCAUUGCUGUAUCUGCACCCUCAUGUCUUUCUGAAUAAAAUUAAAUGGUCCCAUGUUGUCUUGUUGA